GGCACACACGCUAUCACAGACUUGUUAGCUUUAGCCCAAAAGAAAAAGAUUUGGCGUGUUUUUGUUUUGAUAGCCUUCAUUAAGAUCCUGUUUGACAGGAACAACAAAGCACACAGUCACACUGACACCGUUGAUUCAUAAAAAAACUAGAGUUCAAAAAAAAUCAAAUCAAAUCAAAUCAGAAUGUUAGCGAUCAAGAGCAACUGUUGUUCUUGGUUUAUUAUUUUUGUUUUUCGAUUAUUAAUAUUCAAACAAUUCAAGAGCAAUCUUGAAUCUUUUCAAAUCCUUAUAGAUUUUUUUUAUUUUUAUCAAGAUAGAUUCAAAAUUUGUUCAAGAUCGAAUCCUUAUGCCUUCUCAUUACGGCUUUUUGGUUCAAGAGAGAGAGGUAUAAAGAUAGAGUCCAAUUUGAUUCUUUGGCGAAAUCCUAAUUUCUUCUUCUUCCUCUCUAGCGGGUUCUGCGAUUUUUAGGGUUUGUGAAGCAAAGAGAAAAGUUUCGAUCUUUGAUUGGUUUUCGUCGAUGGAGGGCGAGGCCGGUUCGGAGGGACACAAUAGGGGUGGCGCAGAUGAUAACAGCAACGACAAUAAUGGAAGCAAUAGCAAGAUUGCGAAUUCCAAUGAGGGGCAGAGCAAGCCCAAGCGCCAGAUGAAGACCCCCUUUCAGCUUCAAAAUCUCGAGAAAGCUUAUGCUUUGGAUACUUAUCCUUCGGAGGCGAUGAGAUUAGAGUUGUCGGAAAAGUUGGGGUUGUCGGAUCGGCAACUGCAGACGUGGUUCUGUCAUAGGAGGUUGAAGGACAAGAAGGACUUGCCUCCCAGGAAACGGCCGCGGAAGGUGGCAGCAGAGCCUUUGCCAGAUUCCGACUUGCCUCCCAAGAAACGGCCGCGGAAGGUGGCAGCAGAGCUUUUGCCAGAUUCCCCCACAGAUGACAUGAGGUUGGACCCUGAACUUGGCAAUGAGUAUGGAUCCGGGUCGGGUUCGGGGUCCAGCCCGCUUACCCGUUCUGAGUCCCGGAAUGCGAUGCCCCAGGGCUUGCCGGGUUAUUAUGAGUCCCCUCAGGCUGGAAUGGAGAGUAGAGCAAUUGCUUCUGUGGAGGCACAGUUAGGGGAGCCGUUGAGGGAAGAUGGACCCAUUCUAGGAGUAGAGUUUGACCCAUUGCCACCAGAUGCAUUUGGGGCACCCAUAGCAGUUACAGAACAGCGGAAGCGACCUAGUCUUGCCUAUGACAGUAAAAUAUAUGAUAGGCAUGAUAUGAGAGCAAAUAAGGCUUUGGCAAGGACAUUCCAUGAAUAUCAAUUUCUACCAAACCAGUCUGGCAUUAGGACUGAUGCUUUUGGACAGUUCAGCCAACCUCAUUUACAUGAUCCAAUGGAGGGUCCUGCCAGAAACCCUCCUUUUGUUCUUGGAAAUGAACAGCCACCUAGAAUUCAUGCUACCAAAGGUCAUUCUUCUCGUUCACAACAAGACAAGCAAGGGAUUCCCUAUCAGUCUCCUCCUGGAGAUAAAGAUGAUGCCCCCCAAACGGAAUUAUACACAAACAUAGCUAAUAUCGGAAUGAACUCUCACUUUACUGAUCACCAAAUUGUUGGGCCAGAAAGUCCCUCUGCUUUACCUAGUGGACAAGUUUUGCCUAACAAUAUGCGGAUCGAGAAGAAACGAAAGAGUGAUGAUGCCAGAAUUACAAGGGAAGUUGAAGCCCAUGAGAUGAAGAUCCGAAAAGAGCAUGAGAAACAAGAUAACCUUAGACGAAAGAGUGAAGAGCGAAUGAAGAAAGAGAUGGAGAGACAAGAUCGUGAAAGGAGGAAGGAAGAAGAGAGGUUGAUGCGUGAGAGACAACGUGAAGAGGAAAGAACAAAACGUGAGCAAAAACGUGAAAUUGAACGAAGGGAAAAGCAUUUGCUGAAGGAAAAUUUAAGAGCUGAGAAAUUGAGGCAAAAAGAAGAGCUUCGCAAAGAAAAAGAGGCAGAGAGAAGGAAAGCUGCCCUUGAGAAGGCAACUGCCCGUAGAAUGGCUAAGGAAUCUAUGGAACUUAUUGAGGAUGAACAGCUGGAAUUGAUGGAGUUGGCUGCCUCAAGCAAGGGGUUUUCCUCUAUUAUACGUCUUGAUUUUGAUACUUUGCAAAACCUUGAAUCAUAUAAGGAUUCAUUGUGUGUUCUCCCACCCAAGAGUGUAAAGCUAAGAAAACCAUUUGCUAUACAACCCUGGAUCAACUCUGAAGAGAAUGUUGGUAACCUGCUCAUGGUUUGGAGAUUUUUGAUUACUUUUGCUGAUGUUCUGGAGUUAUGGCCUUUUACUCUCGAUGAGUUUAUGCAAGCAUUUCACGACAAUGAUUCAAGACUGUUGGGUGAGAUACAUGUUGCUCUUCUUAAAGUGAUAAUAAAAGACAUUGAGGAUGUUGCAAGGACACCUUCUACAGGAUUAGGAAUGAAUCAGAAUGGUGCUGUUAAUUCUGGAGGUGGCCAUCCAGAGAUUGUGGAAGGGGCAUAUGCAUGGGGGUUUGACAUACGAAAUUGGCAUAAGCACUUAAAUCAGUUGACAUGGCCGGAAAUCUUCCGACAGCUAGCAUUAUCUGCAGGAUAUGGACCACAGUUGAAGAAAAGAAGUGUUACAUGGUCCUAUGAAAAAGAUAAAGACGAGGGCAGAAGUUGCGAAGAUAUCAUUUCUACACUUCGUAAUGGUUCAGCAGCCGAAAAUGCAGUUGCAAAAAUGCAGGAGAAAGGGCUAUUAGCACCUCGAAGAUCUAGGCAUAGGUUAACUCCUGGAACAGUUAAGUUUGCAGCAUUUCAUGUUCUCUCGCUUGAGGGUAGCAAGGGAUUGACAGUACUAGAGCUCGCAGAAAAAAUUCAGAAAUCUGGUCUUCGGGACCUGACAACCAGCAAGACACCUGAGGCAUCCAUUUCUGUUGCUUUGACAAGAGAUGCCAAGCUUUUUGAAAGAAUAGCUCCAUCAACGUAUCGUGUUCGUUCUGCAUUUAGAAAAGAUCCUGCUGAUGCUGAGUCCAUUCUGUCUGAAGCAAGAAAGAAAAUUCAGAUAUUUGAAAAUGGGUUUCAAGCUGGGGAAGAUGCUGAUGAUGUUGCAAGAGAAGAAGAGUCUGAAAGUGACGAAGUUGAUGAGGAUCCUGAAGUUGAUGACUUGGUAAAUCCUUCAAUUGCAAAAAAAACAUCUGAACUGUGUGAUGAUUUAUCAUCAAAUGGAAAAGAAAAUUUGGUUAAUGAUGUAGAACUUCAAGAUGAGUUUGAUAAGGAUAUGCCUUGUUUUCCUGAGAAUGGUUCAAAGAAUACCGAUUGUGCAAGUACUGCCACUGGACAACCUGUUGCUUGUGAAGAUCUGAAUGCUGGAAAUCUUGGUGAAGAUAAUACGGAAAUUGAUGAAAGCAAGUCUGGAGAAUCAUGGGUUAAAGGGCUUGCAGAAGGAGAAUAUUCUGAUCUCAGUGUAGAGGAGCGUCUAAAUGCUCUUGUUGUGUUGGUUGGUGUGGCAAACGAAGGAAAUUCAAUCCGUGUUGUUCUUGAGGAUCGUUUGGAAGCAUCAAAUGCACUGAAGAAGCAAAUGUGGGCAGAAGCACAGACAGACAAAGUUCGUCUGAAAGAUGAUAUUUUUAAUAAAUUAGAUUUUGCAUCUAUGGGUGGCAAUAAAGUUGAAACACAAGACACAUGUCCUAUUGUGGAGGGCCACCAAAGUCCAUUGCUUGACAUUAAUAUUGACGCUGAUAAUAAUGAGGCAUCACCCAGCACUGCAGAAAAUCAAAAAGCAGCUCCUGUUGCACAGAGCCUGUCUGUUGAAAGGCCCUCUUCAGUUCAAGAUCUCUGUACAGGUCCAGAUAACCCUCAGGCUCAGCUAUCUGCACAAUAUUCAAAAAGGUCACGAUCCCAGUUGAAAUCUUAUAUUUCCCACAUAGCGGAGGAGACGUUUGUCUACAGAUCCUUACCCCUUGGCCAAGAUCGCCGACGUAAUCGAUAUUGGCAAUUUGUUGCAUCUGCUUCUUGCAAUGAUCCUGGCUCUGGCAGGAUCUUUGUUGAAUAUCAUGAUGGAAAUUGGAGGCUUAUUGAUUCUGAAGAGGCCUUCAAUGCACUUUUGAAUUCACUGGAUUCACGUGGGAUGAGGGAAUCUCAUUUGCGUUUGAUGUUGCUGAAGAUUGAAAAUCCGUUUAAGGAAAAUGUUCGAAAGAACACACUUAGCAACAAAAUUGGAAGCAGAGAUGAAGCUGAUGAAACUGAUUCCAGUCCUGAUCUCCAGACUGGAACUGACACUCCUAGCAGUACUCUUUGUGGCUUGAACUCUGAUGUUUCAGAAACUUCAUCAUCCUUCAAAAUUGAGCUCGGGAAAAGUGAGAGCGAGAAGAAAGCUGCCUUGAGAAGGUAUCAAGAUUUCCAAAAAUGGAUGUGGAAAGAAUGCUACUGCUCAUCAAUAUUAUGUGCAAUGAAACAUGGGAGAAAGAGAGGCAGCCCUCAGGUUGACAUCUGUGAUAUCUGUCUCAACCCUUAUUUCUUUGAAGACUCUCAUUGCAAUUGUUGCCACCGCACUUUUCCCUCAAAUAAUGGAUUUAAUUUUUCUAAACAUGCAUUUCAAUGUGGAGACAAGUUAUCCAAAGAUAUUAGUAAUUUAGAUUCUUCUCUUCCCUUGCGGACAAGAUUGUUUAAGGCUCUUCUUGCUUUUAUUGAGGCAUUUGUUCCACCUGAAGCAUUUCAAUCAAUUUGGAAAGAAGAUAUUAGGAGGCAUUGGGGUCUGAAGUUAAGCAAAUCAUCUUCUGCUGAUGAACUUCUACAGAUAUUGACCCUACUUGAGAGAGCAUUAAAGCGAGAUUUUUUAUCAUCAACCUUCACUACAACAGAGGAACUGUUGCGGUCGAGCAGUAUGUCAGAGAGUGCUGCACAUACUUCUACUAAUCCUGAAUCAGUUGCUACACUUCCAUGGGUUCCACAGACUACUGCAGCUGUGUUUCUUAGACUUUUUGAGUUGGAUGGAUCCAUAAUCUAUGUACCGCGUGAGAAAACUGAGCUUCGUGAGGAGAAAGACUCUAGGGAGUGCAUAAAGCUUCCUUCAAGAUAUAAUCCCUCCAAAUCUAGUAAAGUGGUUGAACCAGAACCAGCAGAUUCGGACCAUGAUGAUUUCAUGAAAGUUAAAUCUGCUCCUAUGAAAAUUGCACGGAGCAGCAAUAAACGUGGACGAGGGAGUCAUGAUAAAGGACGGGGUAAAAAGCUAUCUAAAAGAAUGAGGGAUUCUAAACGAGAUACCAGCCGCAAUGUUAAGGUCACUGAGAAUCUAAGUCAGAGAAUUAAACAGCAGGGACGAGGAUCACAAGGACAAGCUGGUGGACGUGGUCGCCGGACAGUGAGGAAAAGGAGAGUGGAAAAAAGGGCUGUUGAAGAUUUGUUGCUGGGCCAUGGGGCUGCCUCUCAUAGCUCCAGUAUCGGUAGGGAACCAUUGAGAAGCUUGGAUGAGGAUUGGGAUGAUAGAAAGGCAAGUCCCAUGACUCCCAUCCACAUGGGGGCUGCCGACAUCAGUAACAGUGCUGAAGAGGCUGAAUCUGGUGAUAAUGCUCAAGCAGUGGAAUCUGGUGAUAAUGCUCAAGCAGUGGAAUCUGGUGAUAAUGCUCAAGCAGUGGAAUCUGAUGACAAUGAUGAAGCAGUGGAAUAUGAUCAAGGAAACUGGGAGAUUGGUUUUAGCGGUACCCCCAACAGAUGGAGUAGGCAUUUGGUUAAUAUGAGUGAUGAAGAUGUGGAAGCUUCUGAAGAUGACAAUGACAAUGGCAUUGAAGAGGAGGAUUCAGAGGCAGAUGUUAUGAGCGAGGGUUCAGAUGGUAUGGCUAAUGGAGUUGUAAAUGGAGCAGGCUCAGACUCGGCUGAUUCUGAAGAUUAGAACAUAGUUUUUUAGCUGAUCAACUAAAAGGAUUGCAUUUCAAAGCUGCAUUACAUUUUUGAUAUUGCAGCUUUACAAAGUACCUGAACUCCUAGUCAGUCAUGUCAUGGCUUGAAGAGUUUUAUGGUUGAGAAGACUUACAUAGUAUAUUUUAUCCAUGCAGAGUGGAUCCUUGUAUUUUUAAGCAUUUUGAAGCCGAGGGCCUUUAAAGCCAGCCUCAUUUCAUUUUGUUUUUUAUCCUUAUAAUAGGUAUUCAUUAAUUAAUAUAGUCUUAUACCUUAAUUAUCA